AUGACAAAGGAUACUGGAAAAACCAAGAAAUCCGAUGAGAAAUCAACUGAAAAACGCCCUGAGACACCACCGCCAUCAGAACCACCAAAACAGGAAUCCAAUGAAUCAUCAAAAUCAAACAAAACAACAUCAAAAAAAGUUUUAAAGAAAAAUAAACGUUGUGGUGGAAAUGCUUGCCCAGAUUGCGGUAAAUGUACCGAUUGGCAUUAUAAUGGUGAUAUACACCUCGAUCAUCUUCUUCAUAAACAUAAUGAAUCUCAUGCUCUUUUAAAUCCACAACGUUGGACUCGUAGUCCUAAUGCAACAUGUCUCGUUUAUACAAAUGGUUUUAUUUAUAGUACUGGUGAUACUGGUUCGGUUAUUUGUCAAUGUUCUUCAGAAUAA